CGUUUGCAAGGGCAGAGUUCAUGAAAAUACCAGUUUGUGUUUCUGCGUCAAACGUUCAGAAACAAAAAUCAGUAUCCGCAGUCGGUCGUGUGCAUGUGGUGGGAUAGCUGCGAGUUGCUAGCACCUUGCACCUGUGGCUGGUCCAGAUACAAGUAGUUGUCAUAUACCAGACGGUUUUUUACCCUACCAAAAUUACAGGAACUUGAAAAUGGGCGCAUACAGAAGUGUGGCACUGCUGUUAGUGAACAUUGUAGGCAUUGCUCUUAUACAUGGCGCAGCUGCCCCGACCCGACGCGAAUAUUUGAGCCUCCUGAAUGCUUUACAGCAAAGAGCCGAGGACCCUUACAUUCAAGCCAGAUGCGACUUACAGACUAAUCCUGGUCUCCCUGAUGACGUACGGGCAGCCAACAGUAUCCAAGGCACUGUUACAUUCAAGCAGUUGAAAACUGGAGGGAGCAUGAACGUUUCUGUACAACUGACGGGUCUUGACACGUCUAGUGCAACUCUUCAUGGCUUCCAUGUGCAUCAAUUCGGAGAUUUGAGCAACGGAUGCGCCUCGACCGGGGGUCAUUUUAAUCCCUUCGGCAAGCAACACGGUGGACCCUCGGAUACACAAAGGCAUGUUGGGGACUUUGGAAAUGUGGAGCGAGAUAGUGUUGGGUCAGUGAAUGAGGAAUUCAGCGAUGAGGUUGCCUCUCUGGUCGGUGCUGAUACCAUCAUCGGAAGGGCAAUAGUGUUGCACAAGGAUACCGACGAUCUUGGCAGGGGUGAUUACGACGAUAGUCUUACUACGGGCCAUGCUGGGGCCCGUCUGGCCUGCUGUAUCAUCGAGCAAGUGUAGAAAUCGUCACGAUGAGUCCGGUACCCAGACCAAAUUCGGAUUUGUGCCGCGUCUACAUUUUGUGAUUGGCUGGCUAGAGAAUUCGCGUUCAUUUAAAUGUGCUCGCGCUACCGUGAAGAUGUGCUCAUAACUCGGUACUGCGCAAUGUUCAGACUGCCAAAAGUGGUACAAGGAGCGACUUCAGUCGGUCCAAGCAGAUUUUGAUUUUGACAGCCUUGCUUAAUUCAAGUCACGAGCAGCACUAGAGAUAAAAAAAUAAACAGACUCGACUCGCUUCUUGCUGUAUCAUUUCGGCCUGCAGUUAUUGUAAACAUACGGACAUGAAAUCAACAUAAAAACCGACCCACUACCGAGAUGAAGCAAUUAUUUGAUGAAGCAAUUCAUGUAAUAUUGAUGAGCGUUAUAACCAUAAAAUGUGAAAGACUACAAGCAAAACUAUUGUUCUUUUGGUAAACCAUAAUGUCUGCAAAACUUUAUGGAUUAUACUUGCGUUGCUUCAUUUAUCAUUUUUUAAUGAUUUUCAUUGCUUAGUGCAUGGCAGUCAAACUGAAUUAUUUUUUGUUUGUUGUGCAGAUGUUUAUCAAUUGUACGGGUAUUCAUGAACGGCCAUGAUGGGGUUUUUUUCCAGCUUGCAUAUUUUACUUUCUGUUUGGGUGAUGUUUACGAAAAUACGUAUCCACUAUCCAGCAAAACUACAGCUAGAAGUAAGUUCUGGGUGUGUUUUGGUAUCUCCAGUGCUACACACAAGUCAAUGAAGGCACUUCAUGGUAGCCAUCUUGCAGGGCAGUUCUUUUUGCCCGGGAAACCUCAAAUGUGCAAACCCUGUGGAAAAAAGAACUGGCCUGCAAGAUGGCUUCCAUACAAAGCCUCUGUAACUGGAAUCUUAUCGGAUCGACUAAGUCGCUCUAGCAACAUGCAAUUCAGCAUGACUCUAUAGUUUGCCAGCCUGAACCUGAUGUUAAUAGAAGACACCGACGAAAUGUAUUUUGGGGAAAGUGACUUUAACACUGCUUUGGUUUAUAAAAGUAAAAUAACUUUGACUUUUUUAUUUGGUGCUUUGUAUUUUAAAACAUCUCUUGUUUAAUUAAUUGCUGAAUACCAAUACAUGUACCUCUUGUUAACAUUUUGAAACUUACGAUUUCUAAUUACACAUACACAAAACUCAAUAUCAAUCAUUCUCAGAGUGAUUAUUUGCAGUUAUCUUAUGUAAAAUUAGGAGCUUAAAGUAGACAAAUAAGUGUGGAAUUUUUGAUAUGUUUGUUUUGCUUUUAUGAGUAAGAAAGCUCCAUGCAUGUUUUCUACGAUCAUACUAUAAUCUUUACAAUUAGUGUUGCAUUGAAGUUAUAUCAUUUCCAAAAAGUAAUCAUUCUAUGCUGAAAUAAUUUCGGGGCUUGUUUGGGAAGGUUAUUUCAAGGGUGUUUGGUUUUCACGAUAGGGCUUCAUCCGAUGUUACCUUUUAAAGUACACCAGACAAAUUUAUUUAUUAAUUAUACUAGCAUCAGUUUUACAAAAUUCAAACAAAUUCGAAAUUUCGUUUGCAUUUGGUAAAUACGACCCUUGAAUAGGUCGGCAACACAGGUGAUAUGGCGUCGAAAAGUGAAUUCAAAUUGCGCAGAAAAUGUUUUUAACAUAAUCAAAAUUGGACGAAGUUGUACUCAAGUCGUUAUAAAUACAAGUCAAUGGGAAGUCUAUUAUUCAGUAUUAUUUUUGGUUGCUACUGCUUUUAAAAUAAAUUGUGGACAUUAUCUCCCGAAACCAUCUUUAGAAGCAUCUUUUGAAUAAAUUGUUUUCUGGAAACUC